AUGUCUAUCAUCCCACAAAAUGAGAUAAACGAACAUACUAUUACUUCAGUCAGGACCGUAUUCAAUGAUACCAAAUCAUUGGACGGCAUAUCUGUGGCGACAAAGAAUGGAGACGGAGUGACAGACAAUGGAGACAAACACUCUGUGAUUCUUGAACAAGGUCUGCCUGAUCCAGAAAAACACCCUUUUGAUGACUCUCCUGAUGGUGGUUAUGGCUGGUUGAUUGUUCUUGGUGCCUUUAUGGUUCAAAUAACCAGUUUUGGUGUUGCCACUAGUUGGGGUGUUAUGCAAGAUUAUUAUGAUCAAAAUACUUUCAAGGAUCUGCCCAAUGGAUUACUCCAACUCAGUUUUGUGGGUACUCUUUGUUCAGUGUUCACCAACUGUAUGGGACCCAUUGCCCAAAUUCUGGCUUCCAUAUUCGGCGUUCGGGUUGUGAUGAUCACCGGUGUAUUGUUUGUUGUCGUUGGCCUCGAAAUGGCCGGCUUUGCUUCGCAGAUCUGGCACCUCUAUUUAACCCAGGGGAUCCUAUUUGGUACUGGCGCUUCACUUAUCUAUGUCACUAUCAUGGGAAUUGCACCCCAAUACUUUACCCGAAGGAGAGGUGUUGCACUGGGAAUGAUUUCAAGCGGAUCAGGAAUCGGCGGCAUUGUUAUCCCGUUUAUCAUGACUGCUGUCAAUACUAAACUUGGUCCUGGAUGGACAUAUCGUGUCUUGGGAUUCUUUUGCUUAUUCUGUGGAAUUAUUGCCAUUACAUUUGUCAAAGAGCGAGUUCCUGGACCAAAAGGAACCAAGAAACUCAGUGAUAUUAUCAAGCUUGAUGUUCUCAAGGAUCUAAACUACAUUCUAUGGUGCCUUGGAUCAGUAUUGAUGUUGAUGGGAUAUUUCAUUCCAUUCUACUAUUUACCAAGUUACGCCACUCAUCUUGGGUUAACUGCUACCAAUGGAUCUGCGCUUGUGGCAGUUGGCUCAGCACUAAAUUCGGUCGGACGUAUUAUUGCUGGAAUUCUUGCUGACAGAAUAGGUCCUAUCAAUGUAAACAUUAUCUUUAUCACAAUGGGUGGUCUCAGCACACUCUUGAUCUGGCGAUUUGCAUACACAUAUGGUUCCUUGAUGGCAUAUUCUGUUGUAUUUGGUUUCUUUUGUGGUUCUUACUUUGCCCUACUGUCUCCUAUUACGGCUUAUAUCCUUGGUCCUGAAAAAUUCAGAUCUGGUCUCUCGCUACUCUUGAUUUUCAAUGUCAUUUCAGUAUUCGGUCCAAAUAUCUCCAGCGCAAUCGAAGAAAGCGUCGACGCCGAACCCCUGUUCACAUACAAGAUGUUCUCUGGAGUUUGCUAUAUUCUUGGUGGCGUUAUCUUAUUUGGUAUGAAGAUGAGAAUUAACCGCAACAUCUUUGCCAAACUUUAA